CUUCCUUCUUCCCCGCCUCUCCUCACCCUUGUCUAUAUUAUAUACUGCGAUACCUGCGCCUUUUCUUUCAUUCUGCUUCUAAAAGUCUUGCUCUUGCUCUAGAGUAUAUUGUCCGUCUGUACUUUGCUAUCGCUUUCGUCUCAUCUCGCCUUGCCCGCUUCCGCGUACCUCACCGCUCCUACCCCUCCUACCUGACUCUCUACAUCAGGAGUAUACUGCCUGAAAGUCUUGCUCCCAGCGGCAAGACUUUCAUCUCAAGUUUUCACAAUUCCCACCGAAAUUCCCGUUCGCGACGCUGCGAAGCUGGGAAAGCGAAGAGCGUCUGCCGACAACAAAGCUCCGCCGGAGAAGAAGAUCAUGACUGACGCCAAGAUGCAAGUUGACAACCCACAGGAGACUGUGGAGGCGAUCAAGCAGGGAGAAAUCGAUGAGUCGUUGUACAGCCGGCAACUGUAUGUCCUCGGUCAUGAAGCUAUGAAGCGUAUGGGCUCUUCAAACGUGCUUGUCGUCGGAUUGAAGGGUCUGGGUGUCGAAAUCGCCAAGAACAUCGCCCUUGCCGGUGUGAAAUCCCUCACAUUGUACGAUCCUGCCCCUGUCGCCAUCUCCGACCUGUCCUCCCAGUUCUUCCUCCAGCCCCAAGACGUCGGUAAGCCGCGUGCCGAGGUCACAGCUCCCAGAGUUGCAGAGCUCAACUCCUACGUUCCCGUCACUGUCCACGAGGGCAGCAAUAUCGCAGAGAACCUCGAACAGUUGAAGCGUUACCAGGCCAUUGUCCUCACCUUGACUCCUCUGAAGGAGCAGCUCGCGAUUGCCGACUUCUGCCACAAGAACGGCAUCUACCUUACUAUCACGGAUACCUUCGGUCUCUUUGGCUAUCUCUUCAACGACUUUGGAAAGAACUUCACUGUCGGUGAUGCGACAGGUGAGGAGCCCGUCAGUGGCAUUGUGGCAGCUAUCGACGAGAAUGGCUUGGUCUCCGCUCUGGAUGAGACCCGUCACGGCUUGGAGGACGGUGAUUUUGUGACUUUCUCCGAAAUCAAGGGCAUGGAGGGUCUCAACGGUUGUGCUCCUCGCAAAGUUACUGUGAAGGGACCUUACACCUUCUCUAUUGGUGAUGUCUCUGAUCUGGGAACAUACCAGAGCGGUGGCAUCUACUCUCAAGUCAAGAUGCCUAAGUUCAUGGACUUUGCUCCUCUGAGCGAACAGAUCAAGAACCCCGAGUUCAUCAUUUCCGACUUUGCGAAGUUUGACCGGCCACAGCAAUUGCAUAUUGGUGUCCAGGCACUUCACAAGUUUGCAGAGAGCCACAAUGGCGAUCUUCCCCGCCCCCACAAUGAUAGCGAUGCCCAGGACGUGUUCAAGAUUGCCAAUGAACUGGCUUCAAGCCUCAAAGAGAAGGUGGAGCUGGAUGAGAAGCUCAUCAAGGAGCUGAGCUACCAAGCCCGUGGCGAUCUGAACCCCCUGGCUGCCCUGUUCGGAGGCAUUGCGGCGCAGGAGGUCUUGAAGGCGGUCUCCGGGAAGUUCAACCCUGUAAAACAGUGGCUUUACUUUGACUCCUUGGAGUCUCUUCCCACUUCUAUCACCCGCUCUGAGGAGGCUUGUAAGCCCCUCGGCACCCGUUACGAUGGUCAAAUCGCAGUCUUCGGCAAGGAGUUCCAGGACAAGAUUGCCAACGUGAAGCAAUUCCUUGUGGGAGCAGGUGCCAUCGGGUGUGAGACGCUGAAGAACUGGGCCAUGAUGGGUCUGGGAACUGGCCCUGAGGGAAAGAUCAUUGUGACCGACAUGGAUCAGAUCGAGAAGAGUAACCUGAACAGACAAUUCUUGUUCCGUAGCCGGGAUGUUGGCAAGCUCAAGAGCGAGUGCGCUUCCGCUGCUGUGCAGGCAAUGAACCCUGAGCUGAAUGGUAAGAUUGUCACGCUCCGGGACCGUGUCGGACCCGACACUGAGCACAUCUUCAACGAGGAGUUCUGGGAAGGCUUGGACGGCGUUACGAAUGCCCUUGACAACGUGGAUGCAAGAACCUACGUCGACCGUCGUUGCGUCUUCUUCAGGAAGCCCCUCUUGGAGAGUGGAACUCUCGGUACAAAGGGCAACACUCAGGUUGUCCUGCCUCGCAUCACUGAGUCCUACUCUAGCUCCCAAGACCCGCCGGAGAAGACCUUCCCUAUGUGCACUCUGAAGAGUUUCCCCAACCGGAUCGAGCAUACUAUUGCUUGGGCCCGGGACCUCUUCCAGACAUACUUUGUCGGCCCUCCCGAGGCUGUCAACAUGUAUCUGUCCCAGCCAAACUAUAUCCAGCAGACACUCAAGCAGGCCGGUAACGAGAAGCAGACGCUGGAGCACCUGCGUGACUUCCUGGUCACCGACAAGCCCUUGACCUUCGAUGACUGUAUCGUUUGGGCCCGUAACCAAUUCGAGGCGCAGUACAACAACGCUAUCCAGCAGCUUCUUUACAACUUCCCGCGCGACUCCAAGACAUCCUCUGGGCAGCUUUUCUGGUCUGGACCUAAGCGUGCGCCUACUCCGUUGAAGUUUGACAGCGCAAACCCCACUCAUCUUUCUUUCAUCGUUGCUGGUGCCAACCUCCACGCUUUCAACUACGGCAUCAAGAACCCUGGCGCCGACAAGGCCUACUACAGGAAGGUCGUUGACAACAUGAUCGUUCCCGAGUUCACCCCCAAGUCCGGCGUCAAGAUUCAAGCGAAUGAGAACGAUCCUGACCCGGACGCUCAGGCCACUGGCUCGUCCUUUGACGACGGUCAGGAAAUCCAGCGCCUCGUGGACUCUCUUCCAUCCCCCAAGGACCUGGCUGGCUUCCGCUUGAGCCCUGUUGAAUUUGAGAAGGAUGACGACACGAACCACCACAUCGACUUCAUCACCGCUGCCAGCAACCUGCGUGCCGACAACUACGAUAUUCCCCAGGCUGACCGCCACAAGACCAAGUUCAUUGCUGGCAAGAUCAUUCCUGCCAUUGCUACUACGACGGCGUUGGUGACUGGUUUGGUCGCGUUGGAGCUGUUCAAGAUCAUUGACGGCAAGGACGACAUUGAGCAGUACAAGAACGGAUUCGUGAACCUUGCGCUUCCAUUCCUGGGCUUCAGUGAGCCUAUUGCCAGUCCCAAGGGCAAGUACAUGGGUAAGGAGGGCGAGGUUACAAUCGACCAGAUCUGGGAUCGCUUUGAGGUGGAUGAUAUUCCUCUCCAGGACUUCCUCAAGCACUUCUCCGACAUGGGAUUGGAGAUCAGCAUGGUUAGCUCUGGCGUUAGUCUCCUGUACGCCAGCUUCUAUGGGCCGUCUAAGGUUAAGGACCGUCUUCCUAUGAAGAUGAGCAAGUUGGUGGAGCACAUCAGCAAGAAGCCGGUUCCGGAGCACCAGAAGAACGUCAUCUUCGAGGUGACUGCGGAGGAUCAGACGGAGGAGGAUGUUGAGAUUCCGUAUGUGAUGGUGAAGCUGAGAAAGUAG